UCACUGCCGCUUCCUCGGCGGGCGAUUCGAAGGCGAUGUCGGAGGCCGCUGCCGGUCCCUCGUCGGGCAGGCGAGACACGAUGGAGCUGUGCCCGGAGCUGAAGAACUCGCUGUCGCUGCUGGAGCCGGGCGGCGGCCGGCCCGAGCAGCAGCAGCGAGAGCGGCGGGCGGGCGCGGCCUUCAUGCCCAUGGUGUUCAUGUGCUCCGGCUGCAGGCGGCCUGUGGGCGACACCUCGAGCUGGGUUGUCAAUGACGAGGAGAGCGGCUGCAUCCUGCUGCGCAGUGCGGCCGGCAGCGUGGCCGUGGACCCGGGGCGGAAGGUCUCCAAGCUCCCCGGCGAGAGUGGAUGCGUGGUAGAAACCUUAUUCUGCUCUGGCUGCUCAAGAACACUUGGCAGAAUCUACAGGUGCACCCCAAGGCAUCUCGACUACAAGAGAGAUUUGUUCUGUUUCAGUAUUGACUCUAUUGAAAGCUAUAUUCUAGGAAACCUGGAGAAGGAAGCUGAUCUUCACGAGGAACCGCUUACUCUUGAAAGUCGAGCUGUCUUGCAAGAGGUGCUGCAGAAGGUCGAUACAAUACUGAAUGCCCUGGAGACAAGACUGACCGUGAUUGAGUCCUGUGUGGCUACUCUGCACAGGCAGGUCUGAGAGGAAAUACGUCUUGAACUGUAGGAGAAUGGCAAAUGUGAAACUUGGCCCUGUAAUCCUCUGGGAUCUGUGGGAACAUUGCAAAGGCUGUGAGAGAGAUGAAAGCCAUGGGUGGCCUGUCCUGUGGGGGAGCAGUGCUGACUGAGACUGUGUCCCAGCCAAGAAGUUCCUCUUCUAUCCUUGAAGAUGAUACACCAGGGGUUUUCUUUGUAAUAAAGACUUCUGAUCAGUCAGCCUGUAGACUUGUGGUUUAUUUAAAUUUUUGUCUCUGAAAGCAAAGCGUUUAUCUCCUGACUUCCCUGCUAUUCAGUAUCUACUGAAAUGGGUAUGCAUUUUCCUAAGCAAAUCAAAAACCUCCCUGUGAUUCUGUAAUUUCCAAAAGAACAGCAUGAAGUGACUUUUCUUUUUCUUGUCUUCAUAGCUUUAGCUUGAUUUGUGCUCAAAGGCAGGAAUGACUCAAUAAACUGUAUGUGGUGAA